GCAAUAGGCGCCAACGUGCGGCUGAAAAAGUGACGGACGUGAUCAGUCUACUCUGUAGUGUUCUUUGGAUCAGUGUGUGAAUCUUUAUAUUUUUGCUCGGAGAAGGACUACGUUUUAACAUGUAUGUAUAAAAGCAGAAUGGGAGAUGACAAUGUCAUUGCCCGACUCGGCAGUGUGAAGGCUCUGUUGGGGAUUGUAGCAGGGGCUGGAGCUUCAUAUGGCAUUUAUAAACUAUUGUUUGGUCGUGUAGAUGGUAAAGCGAACAGAAUAAAGUCUGGUAAAAGUGUUGCUGUACAGCCUGGGAGUUUGAUGGAUAAAGUGGCUGGAUUUAAAGUUGUCAGUAAAACUGAUCAUUUGGCUCCAUCUGCAGAUACGGACUCAAGUGAUGUUUAUUCAAGAUCUGCUGCCAGCCUGGAACCAAGACAUCUGAGUAUGCUCCUCUCUUUGCUGCAAAGCAGUCCAAGCCCAGAAGAACGGAGAAACGUUCUUGUAACCUUAGGAAAUGCUGCUGCUUUUACAGUAAACCAGGAUCUUCUGCGAGAAUUUGGAGGCCUUCAUAUUAUAGCAAGCUUCCUUUCAGAUCCUUCACCUGAGAUUAGGGUACAGACUCUGAAUGCGCUGAACAACUUAAGUAUGAAUAUCCGUAACCAGGAGCAGGUGAAGGUGUACAUCCCUUCAGUGAUGCAGUUGAUCGAGAUGUCACCUGUGAACUCUGAUUUACAGCUCGCAGCGCUGAGAAUACUCACUAAUCUAUCAGUUACAGAUAAUCAUCAGCAUCUGAUGAAGAGUUCCUUCACACUUCUCCUGUCGCUACUCGUAGUGAGCAAUGAAGUCCUACAGAUCCAGGUCCUGAAAGUUCUAGUAAACCUUUCGUCAAAUCCAGAUUUGAUGGAUGAUAUUGUACAAGCCCAGGCACCAGCCUCCUUGAUUUUGGUGUUUGACAGCUGCACGAGCACUUCUGUUCUUCUGCGCCUCUUAUUUUUUGUGGGGAACCUGCGGGCGUGGAGACCCUCUGAGCAGGUGGCCGAAGCUCUGAGGAGGAGACAGGACUCUCUAUACUGCGUUCUGCUGGACGGCUCCUCUCAGCUCCACCGCAGGCUGGCCUUGCUGCUCUCCCACCCGGAUGAGGAGGUGAAGGCGCAGGUGGCCAGACUCCUUACGUAACCUCAAGGCUUUACUUUGCGUUUAACUGCCAGGCAUUGGAUGUAUCUCACAUAAAUGUUAGUCUUGUUUUUCUGUAUAUAGAAGGUGACACAAGCUUGUUAACCUUCAGAAAUGUUCAGUGCACUAACAACCUAGCUUUUAAUUACGUAGUGGAUCUGAGAUGGUAGCUACUGGAUGCUUAGUUUGCUGCCUGUGAAUAAGAAAUGAACAGGAACGGAUAACAUCGAGUGGUGGGCUUUACUACUCCCUCAGGCAUUUUUGCCAUGUUGUAUUUUGUAAUAGCAGACAGUUACCUCAAUGACCUCUAUUGUGACCCUUUGAGGUCAUCCACUGCCAACUGUUUACUUGCCAAGGGAAUGAAUGAAACCUGCAAGUAUUUCGUUUUGCCACACAAAGUGCUCUGAAUACCCAGUCUACCCAUCAGAUCUCUCUGCAUGUUUUAGGAAUGCUUUGGAUAUGCCUUAAAAAUGAAAUUAAAAUCAUUCUGUAGUACUGCAUACUACAAGUUUACCUGGGAAGAGAAAAUGCAAUCUGAUGAGCCAUAUAUAGUUAUGCCUAUUUUUACGGAAUCUGGGCAUGUUGAUGGCAUUGUUGGUACUGUGACUUUAUUUGUUUUGCUUGAAGGGAAUUUAACAAGGCCAGAAUAAUUUAAUUGAAAAUAUUUUGUUCCACACUGUAAUAAAUUAUAAAAAUCUCAAUUUAAUUGUUGCUCCUAUGGGUGGAUGCAGAUUGAGGUGUGGAUUUUAUUUUGAAAUGCUUGCCGACCCUUACUGUAUAUCAAGUUUGUGAAAAUUACUUAAAAUAAAUAUUUAAUUUUUUAAGCCA